AUGAAUGACUAUAUGUGUGGGAGGUUUCGUAUUUUGAUAAAUUAUUUUCCCGAUGAAUUAAACGCAUCUACAGAAAAUGAUAUUCAUAGUAUAGGGGGGAUUGUGAAAUACUGCCCUAAUGGAGAUUCAAAAGACAAAAAAUGCAAUACUGAUCUCGAAAAAAUAAAUGCUUCAUUGUUAUGGUUGUUCGAGCAAAAUAUUGUUAAAAAGAUUGAUAGUUUAAAUAAAGAACAGCCUAAAGUGUUUAUUAUAUACUUUAUGAUAUGGUUAAGUUAUAUGUUAACCCUAAAGAAAGUUAAAAACAUAAACAAUCUAAAAGAAUUUUAUGAAAAUCAUAUAAAGAAUAAUAUGAAUUAUAUUAAUUGUUAUAAUAAUGGUAAAUCUUGUAGUGAUUCAUUAAAAGAAAUAACGGGGUAUACAAAUUAUAAGGAAACCAUAGACAAUGAAAUACAUUUUAUGACUAUUGAUAUUAAUAAUAUUUCUAAAUUUUAUGAUGCAUUUAAAUUAUUAUGUAAUAUGUAUAAUGAAAUUACUAAAGAAACUCCAGAAUGCGAUAAAUAUAUGAAUUAUGCUGAUGAAUUUGUUAAAAAAUAUGAUGAUCUUACCAGAAAUUUUAACAUUACUAAAGAUGGUUCUUAUAGUCAACUAUUUUCUACUUUAUUAACUGAUUAUAAUAAUUUAAAAAAUGAACAUAAUGUUACUAAACAUUGCAAAUCUGUAACCCUUCCAGAGAUAAAUACAAAAAAUUCUGAACAUACUGAACAUACUGAACAUACUGAACUUCCCGAACAUUCUGAAGUUACAUCAUCAAGUUUGUCGAUAUCAAACAAAAUAUUUAUAGUUUUAUCGAUAUUUUCUGCAACACUAAUUUUCUUUGGAAUUGCAUAUAAAUAUUCGUUAUUUGGAUUUCGGAAACGAUCUCAAAAACAUCGUUUAAGAGAAAAGCUAAAAAAAUAA